UAGGAAGCUUUUUACUUAUCUGUGCCUAAAAUGGCGAAUGUUAGUAAUUCCUCCGAGACAAUUACCGAUAAAGAUAACAUUCUUCUGCGGGAUGACUUCCGAGUACCACACAGUUACGUGGUAGGGAUGUCCGGAUUAUUUUUGUGGACUUUCCUGACCACAAUCAUCAUUGUUAAGGCAGAACACGCCGAGAUCUCACUGACAGAGGGCGGAAGUACGACGGCCUUACAGUACAUACAGAUCAGUGUAUGCAACACAGUGACGGCUGGUUUUAAACUCUUAGAAAACAUCCUGCAGUUUACAAAUGCAUCGUGUACAUCUGUUCUGGUAAUAGAACAGUUUUUUAACAUUUUCCACGCUGCAUCUGUCCUCCAGGUGGUGAUUUUGGCGAUCCAGAGGCUAGUAUGUUUCCAGUUUCCUAUUUGGAGUAACCAGUACUACAAGUCCCGUGGAUUUCGAAUCUCAACUUUUUCGGUUUAUCCGAUUGCCGUUGCUGUAGAAAUUGUAGGGUUCGUUCAGUUAGGCCAUGUGGACCUUAUCGAGAACGAAUACUGUUUCGGAAGUGAAUAUUCAUUUCAGAUGUCUCAUGAUAAACUCGCAAUAACCCAGUAUUGGCUUCGCUUUGCUGCCGUAAGAAGUGCACCUUGCAUGAUUCUACUUCCAGUAAUUGUACUGUCAAUUAUUGUAGUCCUAAAGAACUACAGACAACGAAUUAAACUAAGGAAUGUGAACGCUCGGGAAUCCUUUCUGAACGACUCUGUUUUCAUUUUCAUGUCUUUUACGACAUUUUUCAUCGAAACCCUGUACAUCAUUAUGCUAACUCUGGACUAUACCAGAAAGUCAAAGGCCACUGGAGCCAGAAAUGUUUACCGUCACCUCGUUACAGACGCUAUUUUGUUGCUAACGUACACCUGGUAUUUUUUCUAUCACACACUUCUUGGAACCAAGGAACGCAAGUAUGUUCACAAGUGGAGAAAUGCAACUAUAUCAAGCCUAACGCGUCCAUCCAGGUAUUUCACUGUGCGAAAAAAGAAGAAGGCUCGGAAAGUCACCGUGUCUUGUGAAGGGGAAUCACAUGCUUCCGGAGUCCGGUCAGUGGUUUCAAUGAAUCAGGAAUCGAGUGCAUCCGGAAUUCUGGAAAGAGAGUUGUGAUGAUCGGGCACAACUGGACGAGACUUAGAGCGAUAAUUUGGUUCACAUUACAAAAGAUCUGGAAUUUGUUAAUUUUACAAUAAUUUACUGUUCUAAAAUAAAGCAUACAUGUACAUGUA